GCUUCCUCGUCCUUCCUUUCCUUUGACCAUCACCAUGCGAGCCUUCUUUGUCCUCUCUGCCCUUGUUUCCACUGCCCUCGGUUACCUAGUCACCCGCCCUAACCAAUCUCAGGGCUGGACAAACCAAGGCCCACAGACUGUCGAUAUUGACCACAAAGAAAGUGUACACUGGGAACGUGUUUCGACCGACCCCGAGACCUUUGCUCUCGUCCUCACCAAUGUGAACAGGGACCUCUUACCUUCUGACAUCGUGCUCGCCUCCUCUGUGGAUGGUACUAGUGCAACUUCUUUCACGGUCGAGGAACCCGAAGGAGGGUGGCCCGCGCAUGGAGGAUCUUAUCGCGUGAACCUCGUGAGGAGCGAGCGCGAACUCAACACCAUUUUGGCCCAGUCAAGCGAGUUUAACAUCACCGCGUCCUCUUCUACGCCUUCCUCCAGCAGCCGUGGAGCGAGUGUCAGUGGAUCUGUCACGCACGCAGCGCAUAGCUCUACUGCAUCGUCGACGGCCACGCGUUCGAACACCAUUGCGUCUGGGUCUGGUGUCCGGGAAGAGGAGGCCGUCCAAACCAAUGCGGACGAUGAUAUGGUCGCCCCUGGAUCAGGGUCCGCUUCUAGCCUUCACCUCCCCGUCGUUCUCGCCGGGGCGGCUGCUUUGCUCGGAGGCUCGUUGGUGAUGUAACUGCACACCUCAGUUGUCACAGAGAAAACCAUAUACGUCUCCCAUUUUCUUGGACUCUGCACACACAUUGGACAUUUAUGAUACAUAUGUACACGAUUCUUUGAUCUACGGACUCCGCACAUAGCCUAAAGACCAUUUGUAAUAGAGUCAUUCCA